AUGGCGCAGAAGCUCGGAUUGUUGCUUGCGUUGCAGGUGCUGACCGCCUCGGCUGCUGUGACGUCCUACACGUUCGGACAGGAUAUCGACUACCCACCCUAUGCUUCCAAGAACGCGACAAGCGGUGAGCUGACGGGAUUCGCCGUGGAGUUGGUGAAGGCAAUGAACGCUCAUUGCUCAGCUACUUUGAACAUUACCGUCGUGGAGACCCGGUGGUCCGACUGCUGGUCUUCGGCCGGAGGAGGCAGUCUCGGAGCUUUGCUGGACAACGGCACCCUGGAUGCCUGCAUGACCUACACGCACACGCAGGGGAUUCGCAACGACUUCGCGGACUUCUCUAUUGGCAUCCUGGAUGUGAACAAGGCAGCUGGCCUCUUAACCUUGCUGGAAAACGGCAUGCCCAAAGUGGAUGGCCACUCGGACCUCAACGGCAAGACCGUCGUGGAUGUCGGUGGCUGGGUGCUUCCCUCAGACAAGAGCAAUGCCCCUACGGCAGAUGGCUUGGACUUCGUGACGAACAAGUGCUUAGACCAGAAGUACUCGAGCAACUACACAUUGGUUGUGGGUGAUGGCAACGACGCAGCAAUGACGAUGCUGCGUAACGGCGCAGCCGACGCCAUGUUCGUGUAUGCUGACCAAGCCAAGAACUACCAGUGUGAUGGAACCAUGGUUGCGGCAUGGAAUUGCACGCUGUGGCAAGGCUUCGGCACGGAGUAUGCCUACGUCCAGACAGGGCAGUUCGGCUACGUCGUCAAUGGCACGACCCUGGCGCUGUCCAAGAAGGGGACUGGAGUGCCGGAAGCGAUCAACUCCUGUUUGGCAGAAGUCAUGGCAACAGAAGCAUACUACAACGCUUGUGUGAAGUACGACUUGGUAGAUUCCUGCUACGUCAACAGCUUCUUCCCCAGCUCAGGGAUCGUAAUCCACGAGUACAACAAGGAGACCGACGAGCAUUCGGGCGACUGCUCCAGUGGUUAUUGCCCGUGCCCUGCGACUACAACUCCGACUUCAACUUCGCUUGCGCAGGGCUUCAGCAUCAAAGCGUUGAUGGGUGCCACACUCUCCUUUUUUGUUGCUCUGCUCCUGAAGUACAUCCCGGCGAGUCUGCUUCCCAUCGUGAACCGCAUCGCCGAGAGCCUGCCAAAUCGGUACGUUGUGGCGGUGGACUACCAGCGCGGUGGCAAGACGGCCUUCACACAACCAGAGUUGGCAAUGCCUUCGGGAGACUUUGCUGCAGAAAGAGGUCACCGAAGCCACUGUUCCCGUGCAAUGGCGCAGAAGCUCGGAUUGUUGCUUGCGUUGCAGGUGCUGACCGCCUCGGCUGCUGUGACGUCCUACACGUUCGGACAGGAUAUCGACUACCCACCCUAUGCUUCCAAGAACGCGACAAGCGGUGAGCUGACGGGAUUCGCCGUGGAGUUGGUGAAGGCAAUGAACGCUCAUUGCUCAGCUACUUUGAACAUUACCGUCGUGGAGACCCGGUGGUCCGACUGCUGGUCUUCGGCCGGAGGAGGCAGUCUCGGAGCUUUGCUGGACAACGGCACCCUGGAUGCCUGCAUGACCUACACGCACACGCAGGGGAUUCGCAACGACUUCGCGGACUUCUCUAUUGGCAUCCUGGAUGUGAACAAGGCAGCUGGCCUCUUAACCUUGCUGGAAAACGGCAUGCCCAAAGUGGAUGGCCACUCGGACCUCAACGGCAAGACCGUCGUGGAUGUCGGUGGCUGGGUGCUUCCCUCAGACAAGAGCAAUGCCCCUACGGCAGAUGGCUUGGACUUCGUGACGAACAAGUGCUUAGACCAGAAGUACUCGAGCAACUACACAUUGGUUGUGGGUGAUGGCAACGACGCAGCAAUGACGAUGCUGCGUAACGGCGCAGCCGACGCCAUGUUCGUGUAUGCUGACCAAGCCAAGAACUACCAGUGUGAUGGAACCAUGGUUGCGGCAUGGAAUUGCACGCUGUGGCAAGGCUUCGGCACGGAGUAUGCCUACGUCCAGACAGGGCAGUUCGGCUACGUCGUCAAUGGCACGACCCUGGCGCUGUCCAAGAAGGGGACUGGAGUGCCGGAAGCGAUCAACUCCUGUUUGGCAGAAGUCAUGGCAACAGAAGCAUACUACAACGCUUGUGUGAAGUACGACUUGGUAGAUUCCUGCUACGUCAACAGCUUCUUCCCCAGCUCAGGGAUCGUAAUCCACGAGUACAACAAGGAGACCGACGAGCAUUCGGGCGACUGCUCCAGUGGUUAUUGCCCGUGCCCUGCGACUACAACUCCGACUUCAACUUCGCUUGCGCAGGGCUUCAGCAUCAAAGCGUUGAUGGGUCACCGAAGCCACUGUUCCCGUGCAAUGGCGCAGAAGCUCACAUUGCUGCUCGCGUUGCAGGUGCUGACCGCCUCGGCUGCUGUGACGUCCUACACGUUCGGACAGGAUAUCGACUACCCACCCUAUGCUUCCAAGAACGCGACAAGCGGUGAGCUGACGGGAUUCGCCGUGGAGUUGGUGAAGGCAAUGAACGCUCAUUGCUCAGCUACUUUGAACAUUACCGUCGUGGAGACCCGGUGGUCCGACUGCUGGUCUUCGGCCGGAGGAGGCAGUCUCGGAGCUUUGCUGGACAACGGCACCCUGGAUGCUUGCAUGACCUACACGCACACGCAGGGGAUUCGCAACGACUUCGCGGACUUCUCUAUUGGCAUCCUGGAUGUGAACAAGGCAGCUGGCCUCUUAACCUUGCUGGAAAACGGCAUGCCCAAAGUGGAUGGCCACUCGGACCUCAACGGCAAGACCGUCGUGGAUGUCGGUGGCUGGGUGCUUCCCUCAGACAAGAGCAAUGCCCCUACGGCAGAUGGCUUGGACUUCGUGACGAACAAGUGCUUAGACCAGAAGUACUCGAGCAACUACACAUUGGUUGUGGGUGAUGGCAACGACGCAGCAAUGACGAUGCUGCGUAACGGCGCAGCCGACGCCAUGUUCGUGUAUGCUGACCAAGCCAAGAACUACCAGUGUGAUGGAACCAUGGUUGCGGCAUGGAAUUGCACGCUGUGGCAAGGCUUCGGCACGGAGUAUGCCUACGUCCAGACAGGGCAGUUCGGCUACGUCGUCAAUGGCACGACCCUGGCGCUGUCCAAGAAGGGGACUGGAGUGCCGGAAGCGAUCAACUCCUGUUUGGCAGAAGUCAUGGCAACAGAAGCAUACUACAACGCUUGUGUGAAGUACGACUUGGUAGAUUCCUGCUACGUCAACAGCUUCUUCCCCGGCUCAGGGAUCGUAAUCCACGAGUACAACAAGGAGACCGACGAGCAUUCGGGCGACUGCUCCAGUGGUUAUUGCCCGUGCCCUGCGACUACAACUCCGACUUCAACUUCGCUUGCGCAGGGCUUCAGCAUCAAAGCGUUGAUGGGUGCCACACUCUCCUUUUUUGUUGCUCUGCUCCUUGCCUGA